AUGGCUCCCACGGGAUUGUAUUUACUUUUAUCUGCCUGCUGCGUAUCCUUGGCAUCCGCCGGAUUCGGACUGGGCUUCGGUGGUGGCAGCCUUGGAUUUGGAGGCGCAAACGGUGGUGGCUCUGCUCAAGCAAGUCUGCCUGGAUUGAGUCUGGGUGGGGGAUACAACAGAGGAUCUUCUGGAUCGGUUCUGAAUCAGGCUGCCAAUGGCAUUCUGGGCGCUGCUUCGACUGGAGCCAAUGUCGUCCACUCUGCCGGAUCCGCAGCUGCCAAUCACGGUGCUCAGGCUGCCAAUGGAGUGCUGGGAGCAACUGGAUCUGGAGUAGAUGCCGUCCACUCUGCGGGAUCAACAGCUGCUGCUCACGGAGCUCAGGCAGUGAACGGAAUAUUGGGCGCUGCUUCGACUGGAGCUAAUGUCGUCCACUCUGCCGGAUCCGCAGCUGCCAAUCACGGUGCUCAGGCUGCCCAUGGAGUGCUGGGAGCAACUGGAUCUGGAGUAGAUGCCGUCCACUCUGCGGGAUCAACAGCUGCUGCUCACGGAGCUCAGGCAGUGAACGGAAUAUUGGGAGUGGCCGGAAAUGGAGCUAAUGUUGUGCACUCGGCCGGCUCGACGGCCGCUUCUCACGGAGCACAGGCUGCCCAUGGAGUGCUGGGAGCUGCUGCGACUGGAGUCAAUGCUGUGCAUUCUGCAGGUUCCACGGCGGCGGAUCAGGUACACAAAGCAUCCGCUGAGCAUAGUGGAUCUGGAUCUGCUUCCCUUGGAGCUGGACAUUUGAAUAUUCAAACCUCUGGCAACAGUGGUAGCAAGACGAAUGCUGCACACUUGACCGUCGGCUCUUCCGGUAUCUCGGGUUCCAGUGACCUUCAUCAUAGCGCCGGAUCAGCAACUGUUAAUGCAGCAAAUGCAGUCCUGAAUGCAGCGGGAGCUGGAGCAGCAGGAUCGACAGGUGCCGCUCAUGGAGCUCAGGUUGUCAACGGAGUUUUGGGAGUUGCAGGAACCGGAGCCAAUGUUGUCCAUUCCGCAGGAUCAAUUGCUGCCGCUCAUGGAGCUCACGCAGCAGACACAGUUGCCAGCGGCGUUGUCAACGGUGCAACCUCCGGUUCCGGAGCCAAUUCCGGUCACUUGAGCAUCGGAUCAUCUGGAAUUUCCGGAUCCAGCUCAGGCUCCCUUGGCAAUGCUAAGAUCACUGGAUCUUCGUCAACUGGUGCACACCAUACUGGAUCUGUUCAGGCUGGUUCUGCAAAGAUUACAGCUGGACACGGAAAAAUUGAAACCUCUGGCUCGAAUUCCGGCACUGCUGGUGCUGGUCACAUUAAUGUGGGAGCCUCUGGAGCCAGUGAAAAGAAAACGUCUUCCACAUAUCAUAAAGCUGAGUCCUCGAUGGUCUCUUCUGGGCAUUCAUCCACUUAUUCCUCAAAAACAGAAUCAUCCAAGUUCAGUGCUGGUCAAUCCCACAUUAGUUCUGGAUCUGCAACCAUUGGAGCCUCUGGAACACACGCUGGAUCUGCACACAUCAAGACAGAACAUAAGAAAGUGGAAUCUUCGGGAUCAAGCUCCAUGCACACCGGAUCAGGUUCUGCUGCAAUCGGUGCUGGUCAUGUGAAUGUCCAAUCUGCCGGAAGUACCGGAUCCUCCCAAACUUCUUCAAACACCGCGUCUAUUGGUGUAGGACACCUGAAUAUUGGAGCAACGGAUUCCGCCUCUAAGGGAUCAUCUGCUACCGGUUCAUCUGGUCACUUGAGCAUCGGAUCAGCUGGAAUAUCUGGAUCUGCUGGUUCUGGAGCCUCUGGAUCACACGCUGGAUCUGCCCACAUCAAGACAGAACACAAGAAAGUGGAAUCUUCGGGAUCAAGCUCCAUGCACACCAGAUCAGGAUCUGCUUCCAUCGGUGCUGGUCAUCUGAAUAUCCAAUCUGCCGGAACUACCGGAUCCUCCCAGGCUGCUACAAACCAUGCAUCCAUCGGUGUCGGACAUUUAAGCAUUGGAGCAACUGAUUCCAGCUCUAAGGGAUCUUCUUCCACUGGUUCAUCUGGUCACUUGAGCAUCGGAUCAGCUGGAAUCUCUGGAUCUACUGGCUCUGGCGCCGGAUCAUCCAAGAUCAACGCCGGGCAUUUGAGUAUCGGAUCCUCUGGAAAUUCGGGAUCUGCUUCACUUGGAACAAAUGGCCUGUCAAUUGGAACAAACAGACACAACUCCAACACAGCUGGAUCGAUUGGACUAGCCGGUGCCCACGAGGCUGCGUCCCUGGCCCAUGGAGUCGCCAGUGGUAUACUGACCCCUGCUGUGGGUUCGGGAAGUCUCUCUCUCGGUGGUAACACUGCCUCCUUGGGAUCGAGCGGAUCUUCCAGCCAAGGAGGAUAUCGCCAGGGAAGUAUCAGUCUGGGAGGAAACGGUCUAAGCCUUGGUGGCAAUCUCGGCGGAAACUCUGGAAGUGCCGGAAUUGGAUUGGGUGGCGCUCACCUUGGAGGAUCCAUUAACCGUGGCGGCGGCCUUUUCCUUGGCUAAUUUUAAGUUACCUGUAAUAUUUCAAAGUAUUCUACAUUUAAAUUCUAUAUUUAAAAUUUCAACACGACCUUUAAAGCGAAUGUCUACAUUGUAUAUUAAGCUGUCAUUUAAAAUUUGAUCUAAAGCUUAUUAAAAAGUGACAUGUAAAAAAAAUAUCAUUCAGUUCAUAGAACGAUUUGCUGACCAAUAAUUAUUAAUCUUUACUAUUAAUGCAAAGUCCAAGCUGAGAAUGAAUUUAUUUGGCCACAUUAGAAUAUAAUAACACCAUAAAUUACUAAUCUUAUAAAUUACGGUUAAUAUGU